UCUGGGAAGCCGACUGGACGGAGAUGGGGAGACCCUGGAGCCAUGCUGCCCCAUGGCUCGCUCUUUACUGCUAACUUUGGAGUAUGGAGGUGCCCAGGUCUACGAAGUACACCAGUCCCGUCGCGGGCAGAGGAUGGGAGUCAUUGUCCCUAGGUUCUAGUCCCCUCACUUGCAUGGAUGUCGAGUGGCCUAAGCCUCCGGCCAUUUCUUUACCAGGGCAUCAGUUUUCCCAUUCGUAAAAUCGAGGGUUAGGUCUGCUGAGCGCUACUAUUCCAGAACUGCAAUGGGGUGCAGAGGAGGGGGCGAUGGGGACCUACACGUGACCUCCCUACGCUGGGCCCCGCCUAUCCCUUGUCCAUGGGAUGCAAGCGCCCCACGAGGACGCGCGGGAGUGGGUGGAUCCUUUAGAAGCAUGACCCGACCGCCCUUGGCAGCGGCUAAGGCGGAGCGCGCAGUUCGCGGGCUAGUCCUGGCAACCUCACCAGAGGAGGAUGGGGACCGCAACCCUGGCUUCGCACGGGGCCACCGUGAAGGCCAGGGCGGUGCAGAGACUUAGCGUGUGACUGGGAGGAUGGACGACAGGACGGGAGACAGCUAACGGGGUUCCCUCUCCACUCCCGGUCCUCGGAGGCUCACAUCGCAGGUCCCGAGUGGGCUCCGACGACAGCACUGCAGCGCGGAACUAAUCUUGGGCCAAGAUGAGAAUGCCAGCGGCCCAACCCGGGGCCGUGGUCAGAACUGGCCGCAUUCUGCCGCGCUGAGGGCGUGAGGCUGAGAGGGGCGCAGGCAACCAGGUUGUGCUUGAGCUCACUGACAUGGUGAGGGAGGAGUGCAAGGCGCUGCUGGACGCGCUCAACAAGGCGACCGCAUGCUACCACCACCUGGUGCUGACCGUCGGCGGCUCGGCGGACUCGCAGAACCUGCGCGAGGAGCUGCAGAAGACGCGCCAGAAGGCGCAGGAGCUGGCGGUGGCUACCGGAUCCCUCCUGACGACCGCGCUGCGAGACAAGCACCUGGACGCGGAGGAGCGCUCCGAGUUCCAGCGCCUCUGGGUAGCCUUCUCUGGCUGCCUGGAACUGCUGGAAGCUGACAUGCAGCGAGCGCUGACGCUGGGCACCGCCUUCCCACUGCAUGCCCCACGGCGGCCGCUGGUGCGCACUGGUGUGUCCGGCCGCUCUGCUAGCGUAGCGGCGCGCGCCCUGAGCGUCCGCAGCCUGCGGCACGACGCGGAGCCGGACUUCGACGUGGAAGAUCUGCGCAAGCUGGAGCGGGAGAUCCUUCAGGUGGGCAAGAUGAUCCACGACAUGGAGAUGAAAGUCAACGUGCCCCGCUGGACAGUGCAAGCCCGGCAGGCGGCGGGUGCCGAGCUUCUGUCCAGUGCUGGCGCCUCCACGGCCGGCUUUCUGUCCGUAGAAGAGCGCACAGGGCGGUGCGACCUGAGCAAAGCCCUGGCUGCCACAGUUUUCAGCGCCGUGCUGCUGGCGGCUAUAGCCCUGGCGGUGUGCGUGGCGAAGCUGAGCUGACUGACACCCGACGGCCCCCGCCUUCACCACUGCUCCUUCCCCAGAGACACUCCUUUCCCAGAAUGACCUCUACCACCAGGACUCAGGAUGGGAGUGGAAUCUGGCGUGGUUAAGAGGAGCGGUCCUAAAAUUCUGUGUAUGUAGGUGUACACGCGUGUUUCAAGCACACAUCUGCCAUCAGAACGUAGUUCCCUCUGUCUGGACGGGGAGGAGUUAAUUGUGUGUGGGCUGGCAGGGCAUUACGGCUAACGUCCGCAGGAGCUUUAUCGCUUUAUCCCCUAUUAAUAGAAAACCGUCCACAGUGACCCUAGAUUCCUCUGAGUUAAUGGGUUACCGCCUGUGCUGCUGGGCGUGUUUAUACUGAGUCCGGGCUUGGUGCCACCAUCCCUGCUGCCGACUCCUACUCUUUGCAUGGGGCAGUUUGAAAAAGGGGUUGAUGAAAUCAAGUGUGGAACUGUUUUGCGGGAACAAGGUGGGGGAGGGUUCUUCUGAAUGAGAGGCAGAUUGCAACAAGAUAUAAAAGCAGGGGUUUUGUUUGUUUUUGUUUUACCUUAAUCCUUUGGGGCCUAAAUUUAGGAGAGUGCAAAUAGAAGUUCAUGCAAAGUGCUUUCUCCAUGGCUCACGAUUGUGCUUCUUGACAGAGCUUACCCAUUAGUCACCAAAAUAAGAAGAGGUUUGGGGUGGUGCCCUCCUUGGCAGGGUCUGAUUCUGCUUAGGAAACCAGAGAGGGGCCCUAGAACCUGCCUUCAGGGGACUGAAGCCACUGCACACACUGCCUAUUUAAAAGGGCUCUCUGCCAGCCUGGGAGCGGUGCGAGCUUUGGGAAGGGCUGCAUGAUUUAGGCAGGGACUUUCUCCGCUUUGUCUUAUUUUUGUUCCAGAGCUAGACCAGAGUUUCUGAUCCUUCUUUUGGGGGAGGGCUAGGGAAUCCUCUUCGGAGCCCUUAAUCUUACCUAUCCCUCGGAAUUUGCUUGGCUGCCAGUAGGAGGGCUAGCUUUGAAAGGAGCCUCACUGCUCUCUGACCCCAACACUGCCCCCUGAUGGAAGUAUAGUGGCAUCACUGUCACACAGAGGUUUUGAGCCAAUUAGCCAAGUCUGGGUUAGACUGUUAGACUGUUAGACUUUUAACUUGGAAUGUAAGAACCGUUUUAAAAAUAACAAUCAUUUUAAAGAAAAAUCGCAUAACCACAUUGUGUACUAUCAAAGCUGUUUUUUUCCCUAAAAGACAUUUGGCCACGAAUAUAUGUGCGAAUGAGUCAAACAUAGCAGUCUUAAAUACUUUGGUUACUAAAUAUACAUCUGCAUCUAUUUUUAAAAUUGAUCUUGAAGGCAGAAGGUCAUAGCAAAAACUACCAAAACCAUAAGUGUAGACGACAGAAGUGGUCAUUGCUUUAAAU